UCCUGCGUUUUAGGAGUCACCAUAUAUACGACUGGUAUGAGAUCCACUCUCCUUCACUAUAAGAACCAAAUCAACCCCAAACCCUGGAAGAAAAAACUCUUUUUGUGAAUAAUAAACAAAAGCCGAAUCUUCUCUCUUCGUUCCCAUUAACCCAUCUUUUCGUAACAGUCGUAGCAGGUGUGUGUAUAUACAUAUAUAUAAUAUAGAUAUAGAGUUGGUACAAUAGUAGUAGUAAAAAAGCACCUUAAUUCGGUUGUUACAAAAGAAGAAGAAGAAGAAGACAUGGGUUUCCUCCACAAACUCUGGGACGAGACGCUCGCCGGACCAGCACCCGACUCCGGUCUCGGGAAGCUCCGCAAGUACAAUUCAUUCUCAGCCGCACGAUCUAGUACUCCCGACGACGAUGAUGUCCCCAUCUCCCGGAGCAUCACCAUCCUCCGUACCAAUUCUAACUCCGCCGCUUUUCGCAAGCUCGACUCCGGCUCCCUUCCUUCUUCUCCGGCGGCCUCCACCACCCCUACUUCGCCUUUCUCACCGGGCACACCUCGUGGGCCUUUCAAGAGGCUAACGAGGAGAGAAUCCACACCGGACUACCCAUCUGAACGCGCCGAUCCUAGAAAUCCGACCGUUUACGACUGGAUAGUGAUCAAUGCUUUGGACCGUUGAUAUAGAUGGAGGAAGUAACGAUUUUGAGUGAAGAAUCAAUGGACUGUUUUUUGUACAUAAGAAAAUAUUACAGUAUAUGUAUAUAUAUGAUAUGAUAUGUGUCUAACGCGGUUGCGCAUAGAUAAUAUAUAUAUGGAGUGUAUAAUAAAGGUGGUUUUGGAUGAAGAAAAUCGCCCAUGUUCAUGGAAACAAAAAUGCUUCUUGGAGUUUUUAUGGAAGAGGAACCAAAAAGCUGAGUUCUUUGAGCACUCCUCCUCUGGUCUGUAUAUAUAUCUUCUUGUGAGGGAGUGAUUUUUUUACUUUUUUCUUUUUUCUUGGAAAUUUUGUACAUAUUUUGUUUCUGUUUUUUUUUUUUAAUUUUUUUUUUAUAUCUUUGUAAAUAUGGUAUUCUGCAUCUUCUUUCAAUGAAACUUUUUGAAGCCAA